CCUUCUAGUUUGUGGUUAAAGAUAGAGUCAGCACAAGCUGUGUCGGACAGUGAGAGCUUCUGAUUUCACGUGGCUUCAGUCAUUCCCGUCCUUGCAGACUGUUGUUGUGUUUACUUGUUGGAAAAGAGUUUGAUUUUGGAAGGACUUUGUACAAAUACAGCUGGGAGAAGGAAAGGGAAUGCAGCCAUGGUGUUUCAACAAAGAAUGAUUGAAGACUGUGGGCGGAGCAGUGACACCAUGGCAGAUCGAAGGCAACUGUUUGUGGAGAUGAGGGCUCAAGAGUUGGACUCCAUUCGAUUAUCGACGUACAGAACUGCGUGCAAACUCAGAUUUGUGCAGAAGAAAUGCAACCUCCAUUUGGUUGACAUUUGGAAUGUCAUCGAGGCUUUCCGAGAGAAUGGCCUCAACAGCAUGGACCUGACCGCCGAGCUCACUGUUUCUCGCCUAGAAGUGGUACUGUCCACCAUAUUUUACCAGCUGAACAAGCGUAUGCCCACCACCCACCAGAUCAACGUGGAACACUCCAUUAGCCUGCUGCUCAACUUCCUGCUGGCAGCCUAUGACCCGGAGGGCCACGGGAAGAUAUCUGUCUUUGUUGUGAAGAUGGCCCUCGCAACCAUCUGUGGUGGGAAAAUUCUGGAUAAACUACGAUAUAUUUUUUCACAGAUAUCCGAUUCUGCUGGAAUACUGACGUUCUCGCAGUUCGACCAGUUUCUGAGGGAGGCUCUCAAAUUACCGAUGGCUGUCUUCGAGGGACCGUCUUUCGGUUACACCGAACAAGCUGCGAGAAGUUGCUUCACACAGCAGAAAAAAGUCUCCCUCAACAUGUUCCUCGAUACGUUGAUGUCAGACCCUCCUCCUCAGUGUCUGGUGUGGUUACUGCUCAUGCAUCGGCUUGCCAACGUGGAAAAUGUCUUUCACCCGGUCGAGUGCUCCUACUGCCAUACUGCGAGUAUGAUGGGCUUCCGCUACCGCUGCCAGCAAUGUCAUAAUUACCAGCUCUGUCAGGACUGCUUCUGGAGGGGGCAUGCUAGCGGUUCCCAUAGCAACCAGCACCAAAUGAAGGAGUAUACGUCAUGGAAAUCCCCUGCUAAGAAGCUAUCCCAUGCUCUCAGUAAGUCACUGAGCUGUGCAUCCAACAGGGAGCCUCUUCACCCCAUGUUUCCGGAAAUGCCUGAGAAGCCGCUCAACCUCGCCCACAUUGUAGACACGUGGCCACCGAGACCAGUGAACAUCACCAGCGACUACACGCUGUGCCACUCACUGCCGACAUCAGGGAACCCAUACUCCACCAAAAACUUGCCUUGCAGCAAGAAUGAUGAUGAGCAAAGAAAGCUCCCGACUCUGGACGCACCGCAGCUGUUGAAAGGGAGAGGGUUGAACUACAACCUCGACAUUGCCGAUAGGCUUGCUGACGAACAUGUUCUGAUUGCUCUCUUUGUGAAUCUACUCCAAAACAACCCCAAAACAUGUUUGUUGGAGAGCAGCAACCAUCAUCAAGAUGAAGAGCACAGUCUCAUCGCCCGCUACGCUGCUCGACUGGCUGCUGAUGCCGCGGCUCAGCAGCAGCAGAUGGUCCCCACAGACCUGCCGUGCUCUCUGGAUGCCAACAAACAGCAGAGGCAGCUCAUCGCUGAGCUCGAGAGCAAAAACAGAGAAAUCCUGUUGGAAAUCCAGCGGCUGCGCCUCCAGCAUGAGGAAGCUUCCCAGCUCCAUCCCGAAAAAGCUCAGCAGAAUCCAACUCUGCUGGCUGAGCUACGACUUCUCCGGCAACGCAAAGAUGAGCUUGAACAAAGAAUGUCUACUCUGCAGGAGAGUCGCAGGGAACUCAUGGUGCAGCUGGAGCAACUGAUGAUGCUUCUUAAGACUCAGGGUCCUGGCUCGCCUCGUUCUUCCCCCAGCCACACCAUCAGCCGCUCCAUUCCCACUCCGAUCCAUUCAGACUCUGCCGGCACGACCCCAACUCACACACCUCAGGACUCACUAAUGGGAGUGGGAGGGGAUGUUCAGGAGGCCUUCGCGCGGGGUUCGAGGAGAAAUUUAAGAAAUGACUUGCUCAUCGCUGCUGACUCCAUCACCAACACAAUGUCAUCACUAGUGAAGGAACUAAACUCAGAGGGUGGAAGUGAGACUGAGAGCACUGUAGAUUCGGACUUUGGACAUGGUGAACUGUUGGCCACAAACAGCCCAGACCCCUUAUUCACUUAUAGACUAAGGAGUGCUGGUGCUGCAGAGGAGGGUUAUGAGAAUGAUCUGGAACAGCAGCUGGAGGAGGAGCUCAAGUUGGACGAACUGGUGAAGCACAGACAGGAACGAGAGAAGGUGUGCAUGGUAACACUGCAGCCGUGAUUUUGUUCGUCUGUGUGAUCGGUGAGCAAUAUGAGAGAAAAAAAAACCCACUACAGUAGAAGACUCUGGAGGAGACAACAAGUGGGCCGACUGCAAAGAGCACUGAGAUAUUCCACAUGGAAUAAACUGCUUAAUCCAACCUUAGAACACAUUUAUGUAAAGAUCUAUUUUUUAACCAACCACAUAUUUAAAAUAAUACUGUGAGCUGAUGUAAAGAGAUUAACUACUGAACUAUUAUACCACAGGUGCCAUAAAAAACAUGAUUUGGGAAAACGUUUCUUUAUUAUUGUUGUUUUUUAUGGGUUUUCAAAGAAUUGUACCAUAGUACAGUACCACUUGGAAACACUCAUGUCUUUGAAUAUGGUGAGCCAAGUUUACGUGUUUUCAUCUCAUUUAACUUUACAGUUAAAGGUACUGGUUAGAAAAUUUGCAUUUCUCUUUCUCCAUUUUUUUUUUUAAUUUUAUAAAUGUACAACUCUGUCCUGGCACAAUGAGAUCUUCCCAGUACUGAUUUCUACUGAUUUCCUACCCAUGCUGUUGAGGGAUAUUUGUAUUGGGUCUAGGCUUGUUUUUCGAACAGUCUGGCUGUUGGUCAGAGAAGUUUGUUUUAACUGAUAUAUCAGUGAUAAUAAUGCGCACUGCCUUAGCUGACUGGAUGAUCUGCGAGUGGCGUUCAUCCAACCCGUCAAUGCAGCAUGUAGCUAGCAACAAAACAGUUGUUUUCACUGUAUUAAUGAGAGGAAACUCAUUUUAAACCUGAUCUAAAGUGUUCUGCAAAUAUCUAAACUGGGUGCAUAAAAAAUGUCAAAU